AUGUCAUCCUCUGCACCAACAGACCAACUCGUAAUAGAAACAGAACAAUCACUUGCUUUAAUACUGUCCAAGGCUGGCUGCACCUCUAUUACAGCCACAUCUCUGUUAAACAGUGGUUAUAAUACUAUAGCUUCUAUUAAUAGUGCUGUAAAUGAUGCCAGUUUGAUUAAUCUGCUCAUACAAAUUGGAUUUGCCCCCGCCGAUAUUACUAAGCUCAAAGACUACUUUAAACAACCCAAUCAACAACAACCCCAACCCGCUCAACAAGGUAUGACACAACACUCACUCACAUAUGUCUUCCAACGAGCCGAGCCAUCUGCACAGGUAUUCUGGGAGCACCUUCAAACUUUAAAAGUUGAUCCCAACUCGAUUCUUCGACUUCCCAGUGGUGUUCAUUUUUUGGGUAAUGAGAAGAAGAGAUCGUCAUUGUUUAUUCGAAAAUGUUAUGUAAAGUUAAAGGAACUUAUAUUUGCUGACUUUACAAGAUAUGAAUCCACUUUAUCUCCUUCUACAACACCAUCAACACCAACCUCACCCCCUGCUACAAGCUCAAUCAACAGUGCAUUUGUUGUUACAGGAAACCCUGGUAUCGGCAAGUCGGUAUUCAUCUACUAUAUGAUGUGGGUCAUCUCGCAAAUGAAGGCCACAAUCGUAGUUCGCUCGUAUCAUUCUGACACCAAGGAUGCAUACUAUGUUUACACUUACGACCAACAUGUGAAGCCUGUGGUCUUGAGAACUCUCUCGCACAGUGACGUUCUUCCCCACCUCAAGGACAAAAAGACUUUUUACUUGGUCGAUAGUCUCGAUGUGUCAAACCAUGCUGCCAAAACUAUCGUUGUCUCGUCACCAGAUCCAAGCAAGUACAAAGAAUUCCUCAAGGAUGCCGACUCAACAAGAAGAUAUCUCCCUCCUUGGAAGAAGCGUGAACUUGAUACUGUCAGACCAUUGUUAUACCCAUCGGUAACACAGGUUGAGCUUGAUCAGCUUUGGAACAAGUGGGGCGGAAUCCCCCGUUUCGUUUUGGAGAAAGCACAUGAUCAAGAGUUCCAAAGAACACUUGACCAAGUCAUACCAACAUUGGAUUUGGACUUGUGCGUCAAGAGUGUAGGUCAAGAGGAUACACAGGCACCAGGUAGCCACAAGGUCAUCCAAAUCAUUCCACGAGAUGUACCAGGGUUUGCCAAAUACUCUCAGAUGGAGUUGCGGUUCUCAUCAAAGUACGUGGCUCGAAUUGUAGUGCGUGAGACAGAGAAGCUGCACAUGGACAGAAUCACAAAAGAGCUGACGGUCCCACGCUUUCUUCAUUCUCCACUUGGCGGAUCUUUCUUUGAAGGUGUUGUGCAUCGAAAGCUUCAAGUAGGCGGCACUUUCAAAAGAAGACUACUGAACAACAACAAUACUGGCAAAGAGAGCGAUGUUGUUAUCCCCAAGCCUCUCCCUUCUGUAGAUAUCAAAUCCAUCAACGAUAUUUCAAAACCAUCUUCUGCGACUGGUGCCUAUCUCCUCCCAACCUACUCCAACUUCCCAGUGGUCGACAGCUUGAUCAAACCAACACAAUUGUUUCAAGUUACAGUUUCCUCAACUCAUCCUCCAUUGAUGCAAGAGCUGUCAAACAUUGUCGAUCAACUCGGCAAUCCACCCAAUGUUGAUCUCUAUUUUGUUGUUCCUGAAGACAUGUACUCGGAUUUUAAACAAUCUGCAACAAAACUUUCCAAACAAGUUCAAACUGUUACACAAUAUGUUCUCCUCUUUACUUUAGCUUCCAACCAAUAA